AUGAAACGCGAUGAUAUAAUGAGGCUGAAGGGGUUGGAGGAGGAGGCGACAUCGAUCCGAGCCUCGUGCUGCGCCGACAAGCUUCUUGACAACGUAGUCAGCACUGACAAGAACGUAGGCAUGCUGGCCAGCAAGAAAGACCCCCUGCGCUAUCAGACCACCCCCUCGAGCGAGAAGUCAAAGCUCAAGAAAGAGCUGAGGAGGAGGAGUACAGUGUGGAACUCCCCGAAGCAGGGAAAGCCUUCAGUGCUGUCGGGGCAUCUGCAUUUCACUGAGCUGCCGCACUCCGAGCAUGGAGACGGCGAUGUCAACUCGCACAAGGACGCCUUGCACCGGCAUGAGAUGGAGCCAAAGGCAGGAAGGAAGAAGUCUCUGUAUAGCGAACUGCUGUCCAAGGUAUCCUCAGUGCCUCCUGUCUUGCUGCACAAAGCUCGAUCAGGAGAUCCUCAGCCAAGGCAGUCGCUGCUGAUGAAGGCCCUCAAGGGAGGAAAGUCGUUGAGCAUGUCGUUGUUCUCCAUGUUGAGGAGCAACACCGGCAAGAUGGCAGACCUGCUGAUGCGCGCGAGGACGUGGAGGAUCCAUCCGCCGCUGCUGUCCCUCCACGGGAGAUUCAGACAGGGUAAGCUGUCCGACAUGGGCGGAUCGUUCCAAGGGAGGAGGGAGGAGAGCGAGAUCGACGUGAUUUGGUCGAUUUCGGUCAAGGAGGUUGUGCUCUCCGACUUUAGCCCUUGGUCGUACAGCCACUUGCAGUUUGUGCUGAGGAAGGGAAGCCUGAGCUUGGAAUCGUCCCUGGUGCCGCACAAGCCCUUGAUGCUGGCGGACAGUAGGGAGGGAGUCCUUCCUUGGAACGAGACGCUGGAGGUGCACGCGACUGAUGGGCAGGAGGAGAAGAUUGUGCUGGAGCUGCGGGGCUGCACCCUUGACGGGGAGAGCGGAGGGAGGGAGCGAGGGGAGAGCACGUUGGUUGGGAGAGUGGACCUGCUGGAAGCGCUGGACGGAGCCUUGUGCGAGAGGAUGGCAGCGCUCGUUAGCAACUCCUCCUCCUCCCCAGGGGACGAGGGCAGGGGUGUGAACGUUAACAGAUGGUACAACCUCCCGUCUGUGAGACCGUCAAGAUUCUACAUGACGAAUGCGCUGAGGCUUCCUGCCCAGAGAUGGUUCAAGAUAACAACAACGGAGCAUCGAGUUGCCGGAGGGAUCCUCCGUACCAGUCAACAGACAGGUCGGCAUCCUGUGAUGCUGCUCAUGAUCAGACUUUGGGCGCCGUUCGCGUCCAAGUGA